AUGGCCGCACGAUUGUUGGGAAAGAUGGUCCUAAGUAAGCGUCACAGAGAGAAGCGUCACAGUGACGAGCUUGAUGACAAGAAAGGUGGGCAAUCCAGUUCGUCAAUACUCGCAUAUUUUCGACUCAUUCGUUAUGCUGGGACAACAUGGCUAGACAUUGGCCUCACUAUUGCUGGCACUCUGUUUGCUGCUGCUGCGGGAGUUCCAUGGCCUCUCAUGGCCAUUCUAUUUGGCGAGCUUAUCGAUGAAAUCAAUGGAGUGGCUUGUGACGCCGAUGAUGAUGUUCGUGGCACACCACAUGAACAGGAAAUUAAUCGCAAGGUCGUCCAACUUGUUUACAUCUCCGCUGUCGGUCUCGCUUUGAUGUUCGUAUACUUCAACUGCUGGAGUGUUUUCAGCCAUAGGCUUGCAUAUCGCCUCCGCGAAGACUAUUUUCGAAGUCUCCUGAAGCAAGAUCAAGAAUUCAUUGACAAACACCAAGCUGGUGAAGUCUCCUCCCGACUCAACACUGAUAUUCAGACCAUCCAAUCAGGAACCUGUGAGAAGGUGGGAAUGAUAAUCGCUGCUCUAUCCUUCCUUGUGACGGCAUAUGUGGUUGCCUUCAUCAAGCAAGCUAAACUGGCUGGAAUGCUUGUACCCCUGCUACCUGCUUUUCUUCUCGUAACUCUGGUUGGUGGGGUUUUCUUUCAAAAAUAUGCAAGCUUGAUGACAGAUGCCACAGCGGCCGCAUCCAAUAUCGCCGCCGAGACUCUGUCACAUAUCACUCUUGUGAAGGCGUUCGAGGCUGGGCCACGUUUGGAGUCCAAAUAUGCGAAGCACAUGCAAAUCGGUCGCGCCUACGGUAUCAAGAAAGGCUUGGUUGCAGCAAUCCAAGCAGGCUUGAUUUAUUUCAUUGCCUACUCCGCACAAGCUCUCAGUUAUUGGCAGGGUAGCCGGAUGAUCGUAGACUUGAUCAGAGGGUUGAUAACGGGUAGUGGAGGUGGGUCCACCGUUGGAGAUAUAUAUACAGUAGUCUUUAUUCUCAUCGAUGCCUGCGUUAUUCUCGGUAUCACCGCACCUUUCAUACCCCUCCUUGGAGCUUCUGCUGCAGCAUUCGAAAAGUUGAAAAGAGAUAUCGACCACAGAUCACUUAUUGAUCUCAGUUCAGAAGCAGGCAUUGCAUUGGAUUCCGACUCCCCAGGACUCAUUGAGUUCUCAAAUGUAUCUUUUGCCUAUCCCGCUCGCCCAGAUGAUAUUGUGUUGCACAAUAUCAAUUUGAAGUUCCCUACAGGAAAGCACACGGCAAUUGUCGGCCCAUCCGGCAGCGGCAAAUCAACAAUAGCAGCUUUGUUGGCCCGCCUCUAUGACCCAAUGGAGGGAUGCAUUUCAGUCGACGGGCAUGUUCUCACGGAUCUCAAUGUCAGGAGCUUGCGGGCAUUUAUCAGUCUUGUCCAACAGGAGCCAGCACUACUCAACCGCUCAAUCCUAGAGAAUAUAGCACUGGGUUUGGUCGACAGCAGAGCUCCCAUUUCUCAAAGUUUAAAGCAAAUGUUGGAAGGCACUUGCCUCUCAAAAAUUGUGGCUGAAGGGAUUGACAACCCUCGCACAGUGGCAAAGCACGGUGAAAGUAUUGGUGAGCUCCUGGAUUUGGUACGACGUGCAGCACGUCUUGCCGACGCAGACACAUUUGUUCAGCUACUCAAUCAAGGGUACUGUACACUGGUAGGGCCCGAUGGUCAGCGUCUUUCUGGAGGGCAGAAGCAAAGGGUUGCAAUUGCACGUGCGCUUGUUCGGGACCCUUGCGUCCUGAUCCUAGACGAAGCAACAGCGUCUCUGGACUCUAUGAGCGAGCAUCGAGUUCAGAAAGCGAUCAACGAAUCAACAGGAAAAAGAACCGUUAUCUCUAUUGCUCAUCGACUUUCCACUAUCAAGGACGCAGAUAACAUUAUCGUUCUUAGUAACGGAGAAGUUGUUGAGCAGGGUACAUAUGAGGAUCUGAAUUCCCGCUCCGGCGUCUUCACAAGAAUGGUGACGUCUCAAUCACUUGAACACGCGACCCACGAUCCCCAAACAAUUUCGACGCAUCAUAUGCAUUUUGACCCUAAAAACACGACAUCAAACGAUUUAAGUACACAUUCUGACGACUGCCAAUCAAGUAUCAGUUUUGCUGGCGAAAUGCUUCACCUUCAUGCCGCAGAAUCAGGAGAUGGUGAAGCAGAGCCCAACGCAUCAACACAGUCGGACUUAUUCAGCAUGGAUUCUACCUUAUCGCUUUGGAUUUUGAUAAAAGGUUUGGGCCGCUAUGCCAGACCCCAAUUGCCGUGGCUAGUCAUCGCAGCCUUCGCUGCUGUAAUAGUUGGCUUGACGUUCUCCUCCGGGGGCUUGAUCUUCGGCAACACGGUCGGUGCCCUUAGUCCUUGCAACACCACCAUCAACCAUAUCUUGUACAUCGGAAAGUUUUUUGGCGGCAUGCUGUUCAUGAUUGCUUGCGUGGAGUUUUUGGCCAACUUCGUUAGUUGGUCUUCCUUUGCUAUUGUCUCAGAGCGACUUCUUUACACCAUUCGGGUUCUCUCUUUCCGCUCCCUUGUGGAAAAAAGUGUCCAGUGGCAUCAGUCAACGAUCCAAAAUCCGUCUGAGACGCUUUCUGUCAUCACAAAAGAUUGUGCUGCCAUUGCUGGCUUCAGUGGUUCCACUAUGGGAACCUUGUUUUCGAUUUUGGUCAACUUCCUUGUGGCAAUUAUCCUUUCUCACAUCAUUGCAUGGAAAAUUGCCAUUGUUUGUUUAGCAGUGGUCCCCAUCCUACUGGGUUCUGGGAUUCUGCAGCUAUAUAGCCAGUCGAGGUUCGAGGAAAAGAGCUCCAAGGCUCUCACAAGGGCAGUGGGAGUCGCGACAGAGACUGUCACUCUCUUCACAACCAUUGCGACAUUCUCUCUUCAGAGAAAUAUGUCCGAGAGCUUUAUGGAAGCACUAAGUGCUCCUCGCAACGACAUAUUGCUUGGAAGCAUCUACGCAAACAUUUGGUUGGCAAUAUCAAACAGCAUUGGCUUUUUCGUCUAUGCUUUUGCAUACUGGUGGGGGGCGCACCAGGUCAUAAAAGGAGAAAAUACGCAGAAGCAGUUCUUUAUUAUCCUUGUCGCAAUGCUGGUCAGUGCACAACUGUGGGGACAAGCUUUUUCACUUGCUCCAGAAGUUUCCCGGGCGCGCUCGUCUGCAUCUCGCAUAAUGAGUUUGAUCGAUUCUACAUCGAGCAGAGAUCAUUGCGAAGGAGACGACGCCCUUUCACAAGAGAGCGGUGAAAUUUCUCAAGAUGUUGAGAAACAAGCAGGGAGGGUUUCCGUGAACCUUGCCAAUUCUCAAAGAGGUGCCGCUGUAUCAUUCCGAUCGGUUUGCUUUGCAUAUCCCUCAAGUCCUGAUAGGAGUGUCCUACAGAACAUUUCCUUUGAAGUUUCACCAGGACAACUAUGUGGUCUUGUUGGACCAUCAGGAGCCGGAAAAUCCACCAUCAUCGACCUAGUACAAAACGUUUACAAUGCGACCUCUGGAAGUGUGGAGAUAGAUGGCGUCAACGUUUCCCAUAAGGACUUUCGCCAUGAAAUUGCGAUCGUUCCACAGGAAAACGCACUCUUCAGUGGGACUGUAUGGUUUAAUGUUAGUCUUGGUGCGCGACCUAGUCAAUCCGCCACAAAUGAAGAUAUUGAGGAGGCUUGUAAGCUGGCAGGACUUCACGACACCAUUGUAGGCCUACCGAAUGGAUAUGAAACAGAAUGUGGUCCAAAUGGUUCGCACCUAUCGGGUGGGCAACGGCAAAGACUCUCGAUUGCCCGGGCGUUGGUGCGGAAACCACGACUUUUGAUCCUGGACGAGAGCACUAGCGCCCUAGAUGCUCAGACUGAACAAGCACUACAGGAAGGAUUGGAAGGUGUCGUUCGCAAGUCGGGAAUAACGGUGAUUGCGAUAACGCACCGACUACGCACGGUGCAGAAAGCCAAUGUCAUAAUGGUUAUUGAAGGUGGCAAGUUGAUUGGAUCUGGAACCCACGAGCAAUUGUUGCACACAAGCGAGACGUACAGGACCAAUGCAGAGCAACAAAUGCUAAGAUAG